UAUCUUCAACGUUGAAAUAACUGGUGUUGAUGAUAAUGGUAUCAUCUAUGGAAUGGCAGUAUCAAUGAUACAGAAGAGCGAUUUGCCAUGUUGACCAGUGCUUUUCAGACCAGUUUUAAAGGUCUACCGUUACUGAAACCGUACUGCUAUAGCAAAAGUGAAGGCUGCGUUGUUAAAGGUUCUGAUACACUGUGGUACAGAGCAAAAAUUUUGGAAGUGAUUGGGGGAUCCGUUAAGGUGCAGUACGUUGACCGUGGAUAUACUGAAACAAUUCCUCAAUGCCAUGUUUAUCCAGUGCUAAUGUAUCCUGAUAUUCCAGAGCUUUGCCUUCCAUUUCAGCUUUUUGGAGUGGAACCUAAAUUUUGUCUGAAUUUAAAUGAUGGAAAUGAAACUGAAGAAAGUUGGGAUUUGAUGCAUGAGGAUUUGCUGUCCUCACGCUUUGAAACCUUUAUGGUGCCAGAGUAUGAUUAUCCAUUAUUGCCUUUACCUGGAAAGGUUUUCCCUGUAACAGUAAAGCACCUAGAAACUCCCAAUCAGGUGUACAUUUCAAUUGGUUCGAGGAGAGAUGUUGAAUCAGAUACUGACACAGACGACAGUGGCAUAAGCUACGAAUUUGAUGAUCUUGAGCAAGCCCUCAGAGAGCUUAAUCAGAAUGCAGAGGCACUUCCUUUACUCUCAGAUUUCAGAUCAGAAAUGCCUUGCCUUGCUGAAUACAGUGAUGGACGGUGGUAUAGAGCAAAAGUAUUGUCACUAGAUAAAGUUCAACCAUUAAAGAUCCUUGUGCAGCAUGUUGACUUUGGCUCUACUGCAUCUUUACCAGAUUCCAGACUUCGGCAGAUUCCUGCACACUUAGUGCAGUAUCCAGUUCGAGCUAUCAAGGUCAAGCUGGCAGGGUUUAAACCCCCAGCUUUAAUGAAUGAUGUUGACCGACUUGUUUACAGUCCAGAAUGGUCCAUGGAAGCUCUGUGGACAAUGAUUGACAUUGUACAAGGGAAUCAACUUACAGCAUUCUUGGUGAGCUUAUGUCCAGAAGUUUCUGUAUUCUUGUAUGAAGAAGGAUCACUGAUUCACCUACCACUUGUAGAAAAGGGGCUUGCAGAUUUGGAUAUGUAAGAGGUAUCAGCAAGAUGUUGGAGAGUCUCCAAACCACGCAGGAUUCUGCAGGAUAUUGCCAUUGCAUUUUUUGUUUUUGUAUAUUCAUUAACUGCAAACUUUUUUGCUGUACUGGAGUUUGAAGCUGAGUAAGGCUAGUAUGUCCAAGUUUUCUUGAUUGAAUAAUGUUUAUAGUUUUAUUUCACUUGAAGUAUUGAUGUGAUGCUAAUGUAAAUUGAAUCUGUUUAAUGGCUAAGUUCAUGGUGGUUCAACUGCAAAAGAAUUUGACAUGUACUUUUGAGUUUUGUUUUUUCCUCCUUCCCUCAAUAGUGUCACAACACCAUGUUAUUGUUUUGUUUAAUGAGUAUCAUCAAUACCAAUUAUGGUAAAUAAUUCUGAGUUGAUGGCUGCAGAUUUGUCAAAUUUCUGUUCAUAUUUUCAAUA